AUGGGUGGUGAGCAAGAUCAGCCCAAAGUGAUAUUGGGAAGCAACAGGGUCAGAACGUGGCUCAGUACUGCAAUUUUUGCACGAGUGGAUUUGGAGAAGCUUUCCGAUUGUCACUUUGGCAUGCAGGGAAGAGAUAGUAUGGCCCAAACCGGUAAAUGGCAAUCCAGGAAUUCGGGCAGGGUGACUGAAGACAACGAUCAAGUGUUGGGGUUCGCCCUUGAAAACCAACUUUGGGUUGGAGAUAUGGGGAUAUAUUUAGGCGGAGGGUAA